GUAUUCAAAUUUAUCCAUAAUAUAAAUGAAUUAUUUAUAUUAUGGAUAAUUAACUUGAAGACGAACUUCUUAGACGUAUGAAAUAGAGUAAAUAUUCCCUUUCUUUUUUGAAUCAUAGAAGUAUUGAGAAAAUUGAGAACGGUUACAUUGGUUUUUAAAUCACUAGAGGACUUUGGUGUUAAUUAAGGGUUUUUCUAUUACAAAAAGAGGGGGAAAAUAAAAACUUCGAAAUGAUAUUUUCAGAAGCAUUUUUUGGAGAAUAAGGAGCAUAUGAUAAAAUACAUGAAAUAUUCUAGAAAUACAAAUAAUAAUAAUGUUGA